AUGGCAGCUGUUCUCGGAAACAUUGGCCAGCCCCGCACCAAUGGUAAUCGUCAUCUGGUGGCGACAUGGGACGAGGACGAAAGGGCGAUUCGUUACACUCGUUCUGAAGGCACACGGUUGGAUGGAUCCCCUCUUUCUCCGAGCCCUUCAACACCACUGGUAACGAAACUUCUGGCGUUCGCUUUAGCCGACGAUUCACUCGGAGUCUCAAGACGAACGUCUCCAAUCACUGAAGCCCUCGAGCCUCCGGAAGGCGAACAACCUCAACCCGAAGCCCUCGGCCCCAUUCCUGAUCCUCUUUAUGAAGAGGAUGCUGGAGCCGCUGCGGAAGACAGUGGAGAGUCCCGUGACGAAGCCGAUAACGGCACGGACGACAGCGGCACUGAAAGUGGCUCAGUUGACAGCGAUGACGGGAAAGAAGGAAUGAGCAGUAACCACGAGGGCAUCACCGCUGAGCUGCCUCCAUCGAGUCUAAAACUCAAUUCGUCCUCAGGGGAAACCUUCGGGCCGUCACCUCUACCCUCCGAUCUGCCUGAUUCACUCGGACCUUCAUCUCCGGCACCGACGGGACUAGUGGAUCGCAGGCGUACCAGAGCCUAUGCUGUGGCUGAAGAAGCAGGUGCAGGGGCCAGAGCUGCAGCCAAUCUAGAUGCUCCGCUGGCAUUCUCUGAUCCGGACACUCCCACCAGCGGCGACACACCCGCUACUCAUCCGGUCACGCCUACUGGCAUCCCCACAAACAGGCAUUACCUUCCUGCUUCAGAGGAAGCAGCGUAUUCCUCGGCUCCUUCGGUCUCCCCGACCCCGGUCGCAGCUCCACGAGCUGCGUCUGCCACUGAGGCCUCCAGUCCCGCCCCGGAAACAUCCCCCACCCCUGCCGCUCACGGUCCAACGGACGCACUACGCAGUCGUCUGGUGGGCCGUUCUCGACCUGAUAUGUUGCCUCCGCGCCCGAAGCGCUGGCGCAAUGAGUGA